CCAUCGUGCUGGGCUCACUUCUAGAGACAGCAUGAGGGACAUGUUGCGAAGUCCAGAGAUGAAAUACAUGGAGAAACUGGUGCCUCUCUCUGAGAUGGUGUUGGAUCGUGAGCUGGUCAGUAUCUUCAGAGACACUCUGCGUGAUGGUUCUCGACCCAGUGCGCUUACCCUCCUAAAAUAUCCUGCUCUCAAAAAUGCUGACAUGUAUGAGCACAACUUUCCGGCACUACGACAGAGAGAGGGAGUGAGGCUCUCUUCCCUUGGCUCAGAACUGCACAUCGCAGGACCCAGUGCCACACAUUAGCAAGCCCCCAACAACGGACGAGAGGAGAAGUGGUACAUAAGGUGGACAGAAGCGUCCAAGCAAGUUUGACCCAGUUCGCAGAAGACGAACACAGUCUUCGAGAUACAUUCUCCAAAGUUCAGAAGGUGUUGAGCCUCUAAAACCGAAAAUGGAAGGACCAACACGAGAACCUACUACAAUCCACCACAUGCCUCGUGAAAUGAUCGUGGCAAGGGAGUCAGCAAGUAGGUCAGACACAUCUCAACAGGCAGCUUCUAUGGCUUCGGGUCGUCUGGCUCGCCAUAUGGCUCGCCAUUGGUACCGCAGCCAUUCGGCAGUCCAGAAAAGCAUCCAGCCAGAGAUGAGAGCUAUUUCACCACCUCAGCUCUCGUCCUACUACCUGAGCCUUAUAGGUACACAAUCACGCAAACGUUCAUCCAUAGGGGAGGAAGUGAUCACAGAUUUGGAGGGAGAAAUGUUUUCAGAUUCAGAGGAGGGGGUGAUCACAGAUUUCGCACAUGGACAUUUUCAUCUCCAACCCUACCACGUCCGCGGACUGUCAUUUAGAAAGGCGUUGGUAAAAGAACGUCAACGUCUAAUCGACCUCCCUUUCCAGCGUGAAGUUCGACCGAUUGCAUCACCCUACCGCCAUCCCUCUCAGCAUGAUAUUGAAUCUUCACUUGGCCUAGUCUUAGAUGUGGCCCAUGGUCCU